CUUUUUAAAUUCGUUUCGAGUAGGUCGAACAUCUUAAAAUGUUGAUGCUAUUGUCCUAUUUGCUUGGCUUAUUAAUUUUUCCAAGUGUACAAGGAGGAAUUGGGUUCAAUUCAAAGGAUCAGUCGUUCUGUGUUCUCCAAGAUGAACCAAGACAGUGUGGCUCCUUUUGCCUGGCCGCACUCAACCCGCUUUUCGACCAUUCUCGCAAUAUCCGAAAAAGGUUGGAUGAAAUCGAGGCGGGUCAGACAGCCCUUAAAGAUUCGUGGAUGACCACGGCGCAAGAACAAGUAGAUCUGAAGUCCGGAAUGAAGAACCAACUGCAGGAACUCAUCACAAAAAAAGACUUCGCGAAUUCAAUUAAGGCUCUGCAGGCCAAACUGGAUGUGGGAUUGAACAGAAUGGAGGAACUUAGGACGAUGAAAAUAACAGCCGAUGCAAACGAUGAACUGAAAAUCCAAGUAAAUACUUUGAAAGAUUCCAUAAAAGACUUUCAGAGUCAGUUAAAAAUAUCCGAAGGUCAAAUCAAAAGCAAAGAAGAUAUUUUAAAGGUGAAAGAGGAGCACCUUAAAAAUAGAGAUGAACAUAUUUUGACCCUUACGACUCAAAUUCAAGCGAUUGAGAAAACAAAAUCAGAACUAUCUACUCAGCUUUCGGAAUGUCGGAAAACUGAUGACAAUUUACCUGACAUUUGUCCCAAUGGCAGUCCCAAUGGGAUUUACCAAAUAAAGCUUCCGGGUCUUGAACCCUUUAAAGCGCCAUGUGCGACGUCUCCACCUGGUUAUACAGUAAUUCAGAGACGCAUUGACGGAUCCGAGAACUUCGAGAGAACCUGGAAUGACUAUAAAUCUGGAUUUGGGAAUGUCAGUAGAGAAUUCUUCAUCGGGCUGGAAAAAUUGCAUCGGAUGACUGAGGCACGACCCCACGAACUCUACAUUAAACUUGGGAGUGUUGAUGGAUCCACCAGUUACGCUCAAUACGAUGACUUUAAGAUUGGGAGUGAGGAGGAAUUGUACAAGUUGAAGAAUCUAGGCAAUUAUUAUGGUACAGCCGGAGACUCCCUUUCAGCCAGUAAGAACCAAAAGUUCUCCACAUUUGAUCGGGAUAAUGACAAUAUCAAUGAUUUCAAUUGUGCCUUUAGAGAUGGUGCAUGGUGGAACGAUUACUGUUCACAUAGUGCGCUAAAUGGAGAAUACUUCAAAGAUGGCAAAGGUUCGAAUGGAAUUAUUUGGUUUUCAUGGCAUAAAAAUUGGUUUGUAUCACUUACCUUUGUCGAAAUGAUGAUAAGGCCCAAGUCCUUAUAAGUCGCACUGUUUAAGUAUGAAAUAUUUUAAUAUUAAUAAAAAAUACGAAAUCUAUACUAUA